UAAAAUAAAGAAGACGGACAACCAUGCUUUAUUAUUGUUGCAUAGAAAUGAAAUUUAUUUCUAAUGAAAAUGGUACCAAUGAUCCAAUUUAUCAUUUUACUUUGCAAGAAGUUCAGAAUGAUGGUAUACCAGGUGCACUGAUUCGAGUAGAAGGAUGUCAAACGAAAACUUUACUAGAAGAAGCUCUGAAUUUGAGCAAAACAGUGAAAACAUCACAUCACGAAUUUCGAUCACCACCCACUCCAACAACAACAACAACAACAACAGACAACCAACAAUUAUCCAACCAAGCUCCCAUGUUUGCCGAAACUUAUUUGGGAAUGCUGAAACUACCGCAUUGCAUGAGAAUUUCGAGAACUCGUUAUAUGAAUCGUUACGCACGGCACGAGAACGAUGGAACUUUGACUUUGAAAAUGAACAACCGUUACCAGGUAAAUGGCAAUGGGAGAAGGUUACUAAUGAUGCAAGUAGCCCUACCAUUAUGUCAAAUAUCAGCAAUGUUUCAACGGAUACAUCAAUUGAACCUCCUCAAUGUAUACAAAACGAUCAUGAUAUACCUGAACAUCAUACAUCGAAUGAAUCGAUUGAAACAGAUUAUAUUGAAUUGCCCGAUAAUGAUGUAUUAUUACAAUCGUAAUUUAUCAACGAUAAAUUACAGGAGAAACCAAAAUUGUGAAGAAGAUGAAUUAAGAUAUCGUGGUGACUAUGAUCAACUUUUCAUUGAUAAUUCUAAAUUAUCGAUAAAGAAAUCUUCUAAUGAAUAUUAUGUGAAACGUGUUCGAGGUCAUACAGUCAAUCAUUUACAAAAUAGAAUGAUUUUUUCGUCUAAUAUAUUUUUAUAA